CAUUUCUUUAUUUCUGGUCGCCCUCUAUCUAGCUCUACUUAUCAAGCGCAUGCGCUUCCAAAGACAUGUGGCCCACGUGGCUUUGGAAGUGUUUUGGUGGGAAUUUCAGAAACAGAUUCAAGAUGGAUUUGACUGUACUUAGCACAUGCCCUGUCUGCUAUGAGAUCAUAAGAGAGCCUGUGAUGUUCCCCUGCAAACACGAGAUAUGUCUUACCUGCUUCAAAAAAAGCCUGGAGACAGCCAACCACUGGUGUCCCAUCUGUCGAAAGAGGAUAAGCUCCUGGGCCAGAAGAAACGUCAAUAAUCCUGUGAGCUCUGAGAGGAAAAGAAAAAUUGAGGAAGUUUUGGCGAAAUGUGACAUUAAUACACUCAUGAAGUCCACGGAAUCCACAAACGAUGAAAGAUGUUGGAAGUUAAGUGAACCAGGUGAAGUACGAAAAGACUAUCUUUGUGAGUUGGAUAAGAUGCAAGAAGAGCGUUCAAUGGAGGAAAGUGUCGGUGAAGAAGAAGCAAGGAGACUAGACAUUGAGAAUCAAGUGUUUGCUGCUGAGCGUGCGGAGGAAGAAAAGAUAGGAGAAGCUGUGGCUAGAUCCGUGGAACAAGAGGAGGCUAAGAAGAGACUGGACAGUGACAAUCAAGAUGAGUAUGAUAUGCAAAUGGCAGAGGUGUUGUCUCAAGAAUUCAUCCUAAAGCAGAUCGACGCUCGGAAGCUGCAGGUGGAGCAGGAUCUAAAGCUUGCACAGAAACUCAGUGAUCAUUCAAAUAGCUCACCGUGUGCAGAUCAAUUACCAACCAAGAAAAAGAGACCCAACACUCAAACUCUAAAGCCCAUAACGCAUUGGUUUCAUUCCCUAAGUAAUUAACUGAAUCAAGUUUUUUUCACAAUGUCAAACAUGCGCAUGUUCAUUAAUUGUAGUGCCAUAUGACGUCACACAUUCCAAUCAACCAAUUUAUCACACAUUCCAAUUGA